UCUGUGAUAACAAACAUAGUUUCACAUCUUUUAACAUCUCUUACCAACAAGUCAAGCAAGCUCUGCGGCGAUGAACUACCGCCCUGAUCUGAAAUGGGCUUCGAGGUUUAUCCAUGGAGGAUACAGAAUCGGGUAAAUAAAUUCACGUGAGAUGACAAUGCGAGAAAUGAGCACUCUCAUCAAAGAUACAGAAUCGACCCCAGGCAACCCCAGGUGGCUGCAGGUAGCAACUGUGGAAGGUGUAACAAUUUUGUGAUAAACUCAAGAAUUAGAAAAUGGGAUUCAUAGACUGUGAUAUUGUCAAUCUUGAUUGAAGUACUAAAGUGUCAAACACUUAAAUUUAUCUGUAGUUUUGUAAACAAUGAUGCUGCAUAAAAUUAAUUCAACACUUUGCCGUUUGUGUGGAAAAGAUAAACAGCAAGGAACAGACGUGUUUAAGGAUAAAGUUAAAGGAGCCGUACUUGUGUCGAUUAUUAACAAAUAUUUUUCCAAAGAGGUCAUUAAUAUUUCAUCAACAGAUACGUUCUCUAAGUACGUUUGCAUUGAUUGUGAACAAAGGAUAUGCAUAUUUGAUGAAUUUUGUUUAAUGGUAGCUAAUGUUCAAAAACAGUUAGCUGCCCCAUCACUGGAAAUAGAUUUUACUGAGGGCAUGUUAUGCCAUUUAAAAGAAACUGAUAUUAUAGAGAAAAACACUAUAAAUUUAUUAGAGAAACGGAAAUAUGAAUGUCAUAUAUGUGCUAAGAACUUUAGAUGCCAGGCACACCUUAACAGGCACAAGCGCAUCCAUACGGGAUUGCGCCCUUUCGUGUGUAAUGUACGUUGCUUAAUUUCAAAUAUUUGUAGAAUGUCAUUCAAUCAACGAGAAAUAUUAACCAAGCAUAAGGAAAGUCAUGAAGGUAGAAAGCAGUUUCAAUGUGCUAAUUGUCAUCAGUCAUUUCGUUACAAGGUGUCACUGAGAUCCCACCUAAUUAAUUUUCACACGGAUAUGGAUCAGGCAACAUUGAAUAGUGGUACCUUAUUAAAUCAAAAUCCACUUCUGACCUGCUCAGAGUGUGGGAAAUUGUUCGCUACAAAAUAUAAAUUACAGAGACAUGCAAGAUGUCACACUGGAGAAAGACCGUUUCGUUGUACUUACUGUGAUCGUACAUUUUCACAAACUGGUAAUCUAAAAAUACAUCAGGUUAAGUGUCAUCAAAUGACUUGCUCUAUAUCUGAUAACUGUUCUAUACCUGAAACAAGGGAACAUUCUCAACAAAUGAAUCGUGAAGAAGAGCGAAAUAUUCCUGGUUCAUUAAAUAAUUUCCAGUCAAUCUUCUUCACUGAAAGUGAAAUACAGAAAACAAUAAAUGACACAAUUAAUUCUACUGAUCCAAAUGCUUCAUAUUUGAAUAAGUCUUAUGAGAAUCCUAUAUAUAUUGAUGAGGAAAUUGAAACAAUGUUAGAUCAGGAUCUUGGUCAGUUGGAUCGAAACAAAUAUUCCACGGUAGCACAAGAGAAAGUAUCGCUAUGUUUGAAGCAACCAGAAACACCUGAAUUAUUGCACAGUUUAUUUUAUGACAAUUAAAGAAGCACCUGAUAAUAGCUUCAUUAAAAAAUAUAACACUUAUCUUCUAUAAUGCUAAAUGCAGUCGUCAUAAAAUUGCUAAUUUAAUGUAAUUAAAUAUGUAACAAAUUAUGAUUAUUGUAAAAGCAUUUUAGUAAAUUAUUAAACAUUAGAAAUGUAUAACGAUCUUGUAUCAGAAUAAACAAAAUCUGAACAUAA